AUGGCGGAAAAAAAGAAGAAGAAGGGAGGCGGUAAAAAGAGUAAGAAAGGUGGUGAAAAUGUGUAUGAAGCACUCUUAGCUUACAAGAUUGGUGUCAUCGAUAAAGAAUUAGAAGAAUGGCAUUACAAAAUAAAUCAAAUCGAAGAAGAUAAUGAACAACUGAAUGGACGAGAUGCUGUAUUAAGAGAAGAGUGUGCAAUGAGUAUGAAAACAUUGGUGACAAAUGCUGUACAAUUUGAUAAGGAGAAUAUAAUUUAUCCAACUGUGAGAAAAGAAGAUGUUCAUGCUAUGUUACAUAAGAAAAUCGAAGCAGCAAAUCGUGAAGAAGCUGAAAUUAAAGAAAUUCACGAUCAAAUGUUUCAUGUUGAAGUUGAAAUAUUCAAAGUUCGUAGUCAAAUUAAACAUUGGUUAAAAUAUCGUGAUUAUACAAGAGGUGAUGAACUAAAGGCAAUUCAAGCACUCGAAAGAGAAUUAGCUUAUAUGAUUGACAAUUAUGCUGUAUUAUCAAAAUAUUUGGAAAAAACGACAACAAAUGAACGAUCACAAAUAACAAAAUUGACAGAAGAUAAAAUUGAACAAAAAACAAAAGCAGUCACUGAAAGAGUAGCUAUGGGACUCGAUAGAUAUACAAAGAAAAUGAUGAGUGAGAAUGAAUAUAUGAAUAGAGAGAUUGCCACUCGUAAACGUGAAAUACAUGAAUUAGAAGUUCAACUAUUGGAUUUAGAACAGAAAAAUAUUGAUAUGUCUGAGAAAUUAAAUAUAGCACAUAGAACAGAUACUAUUACCUAUACUAACACAUUUAUGACAGAAUUUAAUGAUGAUAUGAUUAAAAAUUUUGAAAGGAAUCUAUUAUUAGAAGUUGAUCUUGGACAAUUAACAUUGAGAAAGGAAGAAGAUCAAUAUGCAUUUACCAAAGUCUUAGAUGACCUAUUGGAAUAUACGCCAAGGUUAACUGGUGACGAUGACGAUACGAUCGUAUCACCCAUGGCAACGUUGUGUUUGGAAGGUACUCGAAUGCAUGUGUUUUCUCCUCCAAAAUUGACGGAAGAAGAGGAUAAAUGUCUAGAAUUCAAACCACCAACCUGGAUCGAUACACCUCAUAUUAAAAAAGCAUUGAGUAGAAUAACCGUAUGA